UGGUUUUAGUUUUAGAUUAUGGUCUUGAUAUUUCGAUAAAUAGUUCAUAUUUUAUCGCAGUUUGCCCAUCAAUAUCUGAGCUUCGUUUAAGCUUUUGUUUACGUCUUGCAUUAUACAUAUAUUGUAGAUUGGAUAAUCUUAGGAAACUAGAAGAUAAUGUGAACUUUAAACUACCAUAGUGGAAUUAGAUUAAACAUUACGCCACGUUUCAAACAAUCCUGGUUAUUGUCUGAUGAACAGGAAAUCCCAGAAGUCACUUUUCAUCAUUUAAAUGCUACUUAAACAUCCAUUAUUGUAGUUGAGUAGCUCAUAGUUUUAGAUGACUUAAAAUCACAUCAGCAAUUAGCUCGCGUAACUACGGUGGCAUAAUUAAAUAUUUUAUUUUAUUUAACUAAUUUUAUUGCAUUAGCAACGAAUUUUGAAGUGUGUAACUAUUUCUGGUAUGUAGUUUUUACAUCCGUACAAAAGAAAAACAAAGCUCGCGCUUCACUCUUUUUAAUCCAGUUGCAUAAUAUGAAAUGUUUCACCCUACUCUCAAUUAGAUAAACUAAUAGUUUGUACAUACAUAUGCAUGUUUUACAUGCUUAUGUACAAUUUUUAUUUUUUAAUUAAACAUCCGCUUAAAGAACGUGUUUACACUGACGGGUAUAGAAAUAAUAUGAAGGGUUAAAAUACGUUAAUAUUUAUUAAACUUAAUUUUUGUGUAUAAAAAUAACUUGGAAAACUCAUACUGCAGUCUAUUCCUUUCGCGCUCACUAAAAUUAAAAGCCACCUUUAUGGUAAAUUACCUCAACUGAACUACAAAUAAUUAAAUUCGCUGAGUCAACAUUAGGGUUUUCUAAGCUUCUACUUUUAUAAUAUAUUUUUAGGUCUAACAAUAAACUAGUGCUUAUUAUGAAAUAAAAAGGAAAAAAUUGCAUUCGAUUUCAGCAGCUUUUAUCAUUAGAUAUCUUUGCAUUUAAAAGUAACAAAAUAAAUCUAAGAUACAUAUUGAUCUUUUUUGAAUUUAUCUUAUAAUACUGAGUUUGGAAUAUAAUUAUAAGGAUAAGUUUUCCAGUAUUUUUAAAGAAAAUAUAUUUUAUACACAAUUUUAGCUUUAGAGAAUACAUUUCAUAGCUACACCUCUGUGCGCAUGCACACUUGUGGGUUAUGGUUAAGUGUUAUAGCAUCCGUUAUUUAUCAGUUAUUAUUAGUAUAACAAUACUCGAAUAGGUCUGCUGCUGUUGUUGAAAUGAACUAUUUAAUAAAACUCAAAAAAAAUUGUUCAUAAGAUUGUCUAUAUUAAAGGUGAAAUGUUGAGUUUGGCCGAUAAAAAAAUUUAAUAAUAAUAUUUUGAAAGGUGUUAAAACUUUACAAUCAUAAAUAUAAACAAUGUUUUGAAUAAGCAACCUGUUUCGAAAUUUUAACCUGCACUAGCACUUAAGGAUGGGAGAAAAUAUUAUAUAUCCGCAUUCUGCCACCUUAUUCGCCGCAAUUUGCGCAAGUAUAUUUGCAAUUACCGGAACAUUUGGCAACUUGAUUACCAUCAUUGCAUUAUUAAAAUGUCCCAAAAUAAGAGUGCACGCCACUACAGCAUUUAUUUUGUCGCUCAGUAUGUCUGACCUUUUAUUUUGCUUAUUCAGCUUGCCAUUGACUGCUGUGAGGUUUUAUGAAGAAAAAUGGACUUUCGGAGAUCCUCUUUGCAAAAUAUUUCCAGUGAUAUUUUAUGGAAAUGUGGCCGUAUCUCUUUUGAGCAUGGUGGGAAUUACAUUAAAUAGAUACAUACUGAUCGCCUUUCAUUCUCUAUACGUACAAAUAUAUAAACGAAAAUAUAUACUACUACAACUGUUUUUUAUCUGGUCAACUUCAUUUAUAUUGCUCCUACCACCUAUUUUAGGAAUUUGGGGAGAAAUGGGUCUCGAUGAAAUUACAUUUUCAUGUACUAUUUUAAAAAAAAAUGGAAAAUCGAUAAAAAAAACUCUGUUUUUGAUUGGAUUUCUUCUGCCAUGCAUUGUUAUAAUAGUUUCGUAUUCGUGCAUUUAUCUAACAGUUUUGCGACAAAAGAGAAAAAUGGAAACCCAUCGAAACUAUAAAGUUGCAUCGAAUGAAUCAGUAUUUACCUCUAGAAAACACAAAGAGGAUAACAAGUUAACAGUAAUGAUGGUUUCCAUUUUCGGAUGCUUUCUUGGUUGUUUUUUGCCUUUAAUGCUGGCAAAUGUAGUGGACGACGAAAGAGCAACCAGUUAUCCUUGGUUUCACAUAAUGGCAUCAGUAAUGGCUUGGGCGUCGAGUGUGAUUAAUCCGAUUAUAUACGCUGCAAGUAACAGAAAUUACAGAAUUGCAUAUUACAACACAAUAAGGCAUUUAAAAUUCUGGGGUAAGCCGUUGUCAUCGAUUCACAGCAGAAGCGUACAUCCCAGUAAAAACGAAGAUUACACAGGACCACUUAGGAGCAUACCGUUGUUUCAAGUUACCAGCGAGAAACACUUACAGAACUUCUUCACUAAGCAAGAAUCACAACACUAUUGCGGAUGUGCCAGAAGACAUGUUAGCGCAGGGUUGCUGUGCUGUGUUAGCAAGUGCUGCCCGUUUGUUUGAGCAUCUGGUAUAGUUUGUUCGAUUCGCUGGAGAGUAACGCUUGGCAAAUCGAAAACAGCUAUUAUUAAAGUGGGCAUUACAUUUUAUUUAUAUUACAACGACUAAAAAGUGGGGAUAAAACUGAUGUGCAACACAUAAGAAAAAGCCUUCGUGAUCAAUCAAAUACAUUAGAACUUCCUAACAACAAAUAAGCCAAAGUUAUUGUGAUUAAAUUAGUUUGAAACUAUACAUAAAAUAGUUUUUUUUAUCCUUUUAUAUUAAUAUAUUUCUUAAAUAAACGUAAUAAUGUUGUACAACAAA